ACAGAGGCAAAGGAAUAGCAAGCAAUAAAGAAUGGAUGACAAUUUAUGGCUCAUUGAAUUGGAAUCCGCCUUGCUGGAUGACUGCAAUGUCAAUGACAUCUAUGGCAUUUGCCAAGGCAAAUCCCUGCCAGAGGCCUUGCGCCCAGACGUCUGGCAAGUGUGUCUGGAUGUGCGCCACAAAAGUGAUCAAAUGUCACUGUUCAAUGAAAUCUACGAUUUGCCCUUUCAAAAUCAGCUAAGGGAAGACUGUCAAAAGAUGUUGGAACGCAUCGGAAACGAUGACGAAGAUAAGGUCUCGGUGCUAUCGGAUUUGGAAUCGAUAUUGACAUUUUAUUGUAAAAAUCGCAAUUUACAAUAUGAAACAGAUAAUGGUUGGAUUGAGUUGUUGUUGCCCCUGUUGGCAUUAAAAUUGAAUCGUUCGGAAACGUACAAUCUCUUCGAAGCCAUACGUGAUACCUACAUACCGAAAGGUUGUAAACCCAAGGGAAAUGUAUUCCAUGUCUUUCGCCUGCUUAUAUUGUAUCAUGAUCCAGAGUUGUGCACCAUGUUGGACACCAAGAAAAUCUCUCCAGAUCUAUAUUCGCAACAAUGGUUUCAAUGUCUGUUUGCUUCUUCGUGCAGUUUUUCGGUGAUCUUAUCAAUGUGGGAUUUAUAUUUCCAACAUGCCGAUCCAUUUUUGGUAUUCUUUUUGGGUCUAAUCAUAUUGAUAAAUGGUCGUGAACAAAUUCUGGCUUUAAAAGAUGCACCCAAAGAGCAAAUUGUUGAAUUCCUCUCCAAUAUGCCGUGUGCUUUGGAACCUGACGAUGUUGUGGAUUUUUGUCUCUUGGCUCAAUAUUAUUCAAUGAAGACACCGAGUUCAUUUAAGACGGAUUUCUUGAAGGCAUUGUAUGGGAAGCAGAAUGAGAAAGGAACGCCGGAGGAGUGUUCAGUGUCACAGGCCCUCUGUCUCCCCGUCUCGGUUUACGAACUUGUUGAGAAUUCUUCAAUUGACCUCAGCUCCACGGAGGCGGUGCGCUUCUUUUUGGUUGAUUGUCGUCCAGCUGAACAAUAUAAUGCCGGUCAUUUAUCAACUGCCUUCCAUUUAGAUUGCAAUCUAAUGCUACAAGAACCUGUGGCCUUUGCCACAGCCGUACAGGGCCUACUCUCGGCUCAGCGACAAUCCAUAGAGGCCAAUUCAAAUGCCGGCGGUGAACAUUUAUGUUUUAUGGGUAGCGGCCGUGUGGAAGAGGAUCAAUAUACACAUAUGGUUGUGGCUUCAUUUCUACAGAAAAAUACCAAAUAUGUUUCGUUGCUUAGCGGUGGCUAUAAUGCUAUUCAUGAUUAUUUUGGUGAUCAUAUGGCCGAUUGUUUGGAAGAUCAUGAACCGAAAAAAUGUCUGGUAUGUACACGCAGUAGUACCGGAUCAUUGUUUGAGGGAGUGCAAAUGCGACAAAAAUCGGGGCAACAGGCAAAACGUGAUUCGGCAUCGAAACAAGGUGGAAGUUCUUCAGAUUUCUUUAAUCGUUUCUCCCAAGUAAUGAAAUUUAAAACGGCCGAGGUCAAGGGUAAACUAAUGGAUAUUAUUGUGAAUCCCACAAAUGGUGCUAAUACAGCCGGAACGCCGACAGGAGAUGCCAACAAUCAUGUAAAUCAAAUGCCUGUACAGCAGAGACAUGUAUCGGCUGCGGAAAGAAAUGGCAAACGUUAUCGCAAUGUGGCCCCAGUAUUCAGUAUUGAUGAUGAUCACGAUGGUGAUUUUGAGGCGGGCCCGCAUUCUUUGGAUGAUGGCAAAGAAUCGGCAGCAAAUGCUGCCACAAAAUUACCCGGUGAUAGUAAAGAAAUUGUAACGUUAAAUAAUUAUCUGAAGUCACCAGAUAUUAUGAAUGCUUUCAAGUGUCAGGAGGUCCAUAUGAAUGGUUAUAUGUACGAUUCACAUUUGAUAAUAACACCCACACAUUUGAUUGUGCUGCGUGAGUUACCGCGCGGACAGGCCCAGAUUAUUGUACGACGACCAUUGGCUAGUAUUGUUAAGAUUACAGCCAAGAAACGACAUCGUGAUUUGAUAACAUUCAAAUAUGGUUUCCCUGAUGGUGAUGGUCUGCUCAUUACCGAUAUGGAUCGUUUUCUAAUACCCAAUGCCAGUGAGGCAACCGCCAUAGUGUCAAAACAUAUUGUCCAAACAUUGGAUGAUGGUGCAAAAUUAACGUAA